AUGAGAAGUUACAGAUUAACUGAGAAACGAGGGAAGCAAUAUUACAAUAAUAAUGCAGUAAUAUCUAGUCCACUGAGUGAUGCUCUCGUCGCAUUCAAUGAUUUUUUGAAAUUGCUUCGAAAGCCGUGUAUUUUGGUUGCUCCUAAUGCUCCAUUCGACACCAGGAAUUUGAUUCCAAGCAAUGUUUCUGAGGGCAUGUUAAAAAAAAAUACAAAUGCAGGUAUUUCAUGUGAUAUGUUAUCGGAAGCGAGUAAGCGAAAAGGAGCAUUAAUGCAAUUAUUAGCAGAACGAGAUGAGAUGAACCAACCACGCGUUAUCAAAAAUAAAAAAAUUAUUGAUAAAAUAAUUUCUUUCUUCAACAGUCAUGAUUCUAAGAAGAAAUAA